AUGGAGGACGAAUCAAUAGAAACCGCGCGUGAGAUCGCCAGACGCGUGUCCCGAGCCUGCCUACAUUGCAGACAGCGCAAGUCGCGAUGUGACCUUGACUCCAGCGGCAACCCCGGCAAACCGCCAUGUCGGCGCUGUGUGCUCGAAAAUCGCGAAUGCGUGCUUGGCAGCUCGAAUCGCGGCGGACGCCGAGUUCGAAAGAACAAGAUCAAGAAUUUCACACCGGCAGCUACUACGAGAAAUAAAUCGGAUACAUCCAGCCCAGCCAACUCCGACAAUUGUCAACCGUCGGCAUCUUAUCCCGGCCCGUUGGUCUUUCUGCCACCUAACCCACCAGCAACAUCAACGUCGGAGGUAGACGAUACCUCAAUAUCAACUGUCCCGCGCAAUCCAUCAGAUGCCUGGCAAUGCCUCACCGGCAUUGCCACCCAGGGUGCGGGAGCAACCUCCGAAACUCGCAAUGACCAUACCCCAACCGAUUCCUACAGCAGUCUACGUAACGGCGUAAUCUCAGACGGGAUCAAAGCUUAUAGACUCGUCCAGUCGCGCGCACUAGACCCGGAGACUGUGUGGCAGCUGAUCUCCCGCUAUGCUGAGAACUUCCAUCAGUACCUUCCCGUCGUGCCGCGGAAGUAUUUCAGACGCGCCGCCCUGGAUGCUUUCGCCACUAACGAGAAGCACUUACUCACGGCAGUUCUCACCAUCGCCUCUAAAGACUUGGUCGACCAGCCCGAGAUCCACGAGUACUGCUCCAAGUACAUGCACGAGCUGGUCUCCGACAUUGCCAUGGGCGCAGAGUGCGAUGUCGAGGCAAUUGAAUCCCUCCUGCUGCUCGCGGAGUGGGAACCACAGGGACUGCGUCCGCGCAUCGAGCGCGUCGGACGCGGCGAAGAGGACCGGGCUGCGUGGAUGCAUGUCGGGCUUGCGUUGCGCUCGGGGUACUUUAUCGGUAUGGAUCGCACGUCUUUCCGUGGAGACUCUUCCAGUGAUCCGGAGGGUGAGGCUCGUCGUCGCUUGGCUUGGGCUAGUUGCUAUAUCUCGGAUCGGUUGAUCUCAGUGCGCAUUGGACGCGCUUUCUGGUCGCGUGGACCAGGGCCAAUGACCGGUCUUGUUAGUCAGGAUUUCCCUUCGCUGCAGCCGGACAAUGAGGGGGAGGAGGACUAUUCGAAGAUUUUACAGGCUAUGCUGGAUCUAACGCAGCUUUAUGGUAACGUUCAUGAGGUGUUGUAUUCGGGAAUGCGCAGUAGCAACCAUAUGAUGCUGAUGGGAGACUAUGUCAAAUAUGUCGAUGACUUCCGUCUUGCGAUUCUGCGAUGGAAGUCAAUAUGGGGGUCAUUGGACUGUUCACCACCGAUGCAAGCCACACUGCAGUUGUCAUACGAGUAUUUGCGUCUGUAUACAACUGCUUUCGCGUUCCAGGCUGCGAUCUCACAAUCGCUGGCUAAACCCAAAAGCGCGUCACAAAGCCAGCGAGAACAGCUACGAGCGACGUUUAAAGAUGUCGCAUCGAUGCCGGACGCGCGGUUUAUCUAUGAGUCCGUUGAUGCAGCAAAGUCAUAUUUGACUAUCCUUGUGUAUUUGGUAGAUCCUGAAAAGCAUCUCCAUUUCAUGCCUCUCCGCUUCUACUUGUAUGGCAUCUAUUCUGCCGUUUUCCUCUACAAGGCCCGUUCUUUCGGAAUGAUGGUCCCCGCAGAAGAAGCAAAAGUCCAAGACCUAGUCAGUCGAACCACAGAGGUUCUCAAACAAGCAAGCGCCGGGACCGACGACAUCGGAUCCCGCUAUGCUCGCCUGCUAGAGCUUCUGUGGAAGCCCAAAGCCCCAUCCAACCCACCUGCAGAGACACAGCAAAACAAGUUCUCGAUGCAGCCAGCCCUGUCAAACCCGGUCGCAGAUCCGGUCUUCAUGGACUUCAGCCCUGCGAAUGACUUUUCCUGGCUUGAUUUGGAGGCUGUCGGCGAUUAUGUAUCUGGAGAUUUAGUCUCUGGUGGUCUACUGGGGCUAGAUACAUUCCCGAAUGUCUCCGAUAUGGAUCAAACUGGAAUGUCACGAACACAGUCCUGGCAGCCGUCUGCUUGGAUGGGAGAUAUGAGCAGUAGUCUUCUGUUCUAA